GGGCUCAGGACGUGAGGAGCUGGGAAGUCAUCACUUGAUCCUGUCAGCAACUUGAAAGUUGCACACAAAGAAGACAACAGCUUUUCUUAGAUUGUCAAAGUGCAAUCACAGGAUGACCAGCUGCCCCAGCAAGUGGACACAGGCGAAUACAGAGGCUCACAACUCACCUAAACAGAAAUCCACAACGAGAAACCAUCUCAGAAACACCUGUGCCUUCUUUGUUGGGGGAUCAGUGUGAACAAGGUGAUUCUUUUCAUGCACACCGAGAAAAUAUGCGGCAGAUGAUGAGGAGUUUCUCUCUUCCGUUUGGGAGAGACAUGCUCAGUGUCUCUGAGUGUGGAGGGAGAGCUUGCGGCCACAGGGGAUGGGACGACAACGAAGACUCCUUUACUGCAAGGAGUUCUCUCAUGCCUUUCGGCAGUUUUGGCGGUUUGCACGCCGAUGGCAACCCUUUCCAGGCAAUGAACCGAAUGAUGCAAAAUAUGGGAAACAAUAUGCAGGAGUUACAAAGGAAUUUUGGUCAGCUUUCAAUGGAUCCAAAUGGACAUUCAUUUUGUUCUUCUUCAGUGAUGACAUACUCCAAAGUAGGAGAUGAGCCUCCCAAGGUUUUCCAGGCCUCCACUCAGACCCGGAUGGCUCCGGGAGGAAUAAAGGAAACCAGGAGAGCAAUGAGAGAUACUGACAAGGGACUAGAAAAGAUGGCUGUUGGCCAUCAUAUCCACGACCGGGCUCACGUCAUCAAAAAGUGCAAGAACAGCAAGACUGGGGAUGAAGAGGUCAACCAGGAGUUCUUCAACAUGUGUGAGAGUGAUGCACAUGCCUUUGAUGAUGAGUGGCAAACUGAGGUCCUGAAGUACAACCCUGGGGGGCGGCCGCGCAAAGUGGAGAACACCAGGAUGCGCAGCGUCGGUCACGAGAAUGCAGGACCCCGGGAGGUGAAAAGAAGGGAUAAAUCUCAUCAUAGUCCAGCCCUUGAAAGUGGAAGAAAACCAAAAGUUUUUGGAGACAAACUCAACAUCAAAGGAUCACCUGUGAAAAUCAACAAAAAAUAAACAGCCAUGCCCUUGA